AUACGUCAUAUGAUCGCUAGCCUGCCAUUGUGUCAGUUAGACGGAUAACCAUACUUACAUGUGGUAACUGUCCAGGGACAAAAUAUACAGAACAAUGGCUUCCCCUCGUCUCAUCAUUACCGUGCUGAUUCUCUGUGUCGUUAGUACAUAUGGCUACACACCAGCCACCUACUACAUGGAUGAAGAAUGUAGCUUCAGGAUAACGAGCACCAAGGAUGCCAGACUGAGGCUAACCUACCACUCCAACACCCAUCUCUUCCGGAACUGGCAGUGUACCACUUCAUUCAGGACGACUGUUAUAGGGGACCGAUUGCAAGUUCGACUGAGGACCAUAGACACUCCUUCAACCUUCAACUGCCGACAAAACUCCUUGCAAAUACUUGACAGCGAUCAACAGACAUCUUUGAACGGGCGAUUUGGCGACUGUGGUACAGUAGUUCACACCAGAACAUACCAGACAAGUGGAAGUUCCGUCACAUUCAAGUUCAAAACAGACAGCAGUUUCCAGUAUGGCCAGUUUGACAUCCUCAUCACGUCUUUCAACACAGCUGACAAUGGGACAUGUGCCGCAAGUCGAUUUAUCUGUGAUAACGACCUCUGCAUCAGCAAAACCCUCACAUGCAACGGCUACAACGACUGCGGUGAUGAUAGUGAUGAGAUCUACGACUGUCGUCUCAGUGGAGGGGCCAUAGCCGGCAUUGCUAUAGGCGUUGUCUUCUUCUUGGUCAUCUGCACCUUCUUCGCUGUCGUCGGCAGGGCAAGAAGGAGACGUUAUCAGAGAAUUUGUGAGGCCAAGCCGUACCGACCUGUGCAGACAACCACGACGGUGUACCCAAACAACGCCCACACCCAGUAUCAAAAACCGUCAUACCAGACAUACUGAUACUGGCACCAACACACAGCCAUAGUGAGUGAGAGAGUUUUGGUUUUACGCCGCUUUUAGCAAUAAUCCAGCAAUAUCACGGCGGGGGACACCAGAAACGGGCUUCACACAUUGUACCAAUGUGGGGAAUCGAACCCGGGCCUUCGGCGUGACGAGCGAACGCUUUAACCACUAGGCUUCCCCACCGUCCCUCUUACAGCCAUAAACUUAAUACUUGAUCAAUUGAUACUAAUACCAACACUGUGAAACUACGGCCACGACCUUCAUACCAGACCUGCUGGUACUUAUACCAACAAGACCCGUGAAGAUCCGGGUUAGAAUUGAUCUUCAGUAACCCAUGCUUGUCGUAAGAGGCGACUAACGGGAUCGGGUGGUCAGGCUCGCUGGCUUGGUUGACACAUGUCAUCGGU